CGUAACUGCCGGUGAAAACAAAAGAAAAACAUUACGAAUUGCACAAAUUCUAUCAAUGAUUACAAAAAUAAAGUGUUUCCAGUGUUAAUUAAAGAAAACAUCAGAAUGUCCAAGUUUUUCAUGAGAUUGGCACCACGAGCCACCGGAGACAUGUUUGGGAGUGCCGGUGUAUUCGGUAGAUUAUCCAGUGUACCUCAACAUGGACCACUCCCGUGCUUACAACGUUCCACACUGAGCAGGUUUCAGCAUACAACGCGGCAGUCCGACCCGAUGAAGGGCAAGGGUCCGAUAACGUGGAAGAGUUUUGCAUUUAUUGCCACCGCCGGAGUCGGUGUGCUCGGGUUUAUGUGGUACGUAAAGGACGAAAAAGAGCAGGCCCUCUUACGGGAAAGAAAACGACAGCUAGGAAAGGCGGCCAUCGGUGGCAAAUGGGAUUUGGUAGAUUCCGAGGGUAAUCCUCGUAAAUCAUCCGACUUUCUGGGCAAAUGGCUGCUGAUCUAUUUCGGGUUCACGCAUUGUCCGGACAUUUGCCCGGACGAGCUGGAAAAGAUGUCGGCGGUGGUGGACAACCUGGAGAAGGAGAAAGAUGCCGAUCCGGUGCAACCGAUUUUCAUCACCGUCGAUCCGCAGCGUGAUACCAAAGAGCUGGUGGGCAAAUAUGUGAAAGAAUUCUCGCCCAAGUUGCUCGGUCUGACCGGGUCCAUCGAGCAGGUGGCGCAGGUCUGUCGUGCAUUCCGUGUCUAUUUCAGUGCCGGUCCAAAGGAUGAGGAUAAUGACUACAUUGUGGACCAUACGAUCAUUAUGUACUUGGUUGACCCGAACGGCGAAUUUGUUGAUUACUACGGACAGAAUCGGGAUAAGGAGUCGAUCAAAAAUUCCAUUCUGAUAAAUAUGGCAAAGUUUAAACAGAUGAACAAAUCGUCAUGGUGGUAGAUUAGUUCGAGAGUUAAUUGUAAUGUUGAAAAUAAACCAAGAGAUUGGAUUUUGCGAGUAUU